AUGAUUGUGUGGUUGUUGUUGUUUUUUGCUGGAUUGGCCAAUGGUGCUUCCAUACCUCCACAACCGGUGAUCCCGACGGCCAGCGCAUGCCUGCAGGGUUGUUUCGAGACGGGAAGUGUUGUGAAUGCGGCACUGGAUUUAUCCAAUUUCAAAAGUAUUGCGGUGGAUAUCGAAAACUUUUGCAAUUUGAAUGCCGCAUUACUGAAAUGUGGUCGAGAAUGUCCAGUCGAACAAAUCCCUGAGUUGGAAGCACGUACGGAAGCAAGCUCGUUCAUAUGUGUUGAGAAAGUUGAAGAAUUCCGAUUGGUAUCCGGUUGUCUUGAAGGCGCCGAAGAUGUGACAGCAAAAUGUGCUAUGAGUUGUGAAGUGCCGACGGAUAUUCCGCUUCGUCUCGACUCAUCCCCUGCGGCUUCCGUUAAUCCGACCGUAUUCCUCGACGGUGUUGCCGGAACUUGCAAGAAACAUAUCUGUGUGGUGAAAUGCGCUCAGGAAGGAUUCAAUAAGGAAUGUGCUGGUAGCGGUGAUCUUUUCAAGGAUAUCGCGCGACAGCAAAUUCGAUCCGGUAUCGAUCGAUUAGCCGAGGAAUCGAGUAAUGAGAAUGCGACCACGGUCAAAUUAAUGGCACAAAACUACCUCAAGAAUCUACCCGCCGAAUGCGCCUUCCUGAAAGAUUUGGACGAGUUCUCCAAGGCUAUGGAUGCAGUAAGUUUUAAAGAGAAGAAUGAAACCGAAUCGUCAACGAUCGCUUCCGCAACCACCGCGUUCGAAGCGGAAAAUGCUGACACGGAUGGAAUGACGGAGACAAUUUCGGAGAAAAAAACAACCACACAGCCGGAAAUCCAGGCGAGCGAUGAGCCGGCGGCGACGAGCAGCAGCAGCACUACGUCAGCACGUGAAGAAGCGACAAGUACAAUUAACGAAGAAGAACAUACGGAUGGAUUCAUGAAGGAGUCAAAUGAGGAGAUCGCUACCAUGGUCGUCAGUUCAACUCUAAAAGCAGAAGAGGAAGCUGAAGAGGUGCCUCUGGGCCUAGCACCAACCCAGUCGACCCCCGUUGAAACCAGCACAGAAAUUAAGGAAACAGAAGCGAAAUUCAACGAAGAGAAGACUGAGAUCGCUAUGGAUGUGAACGCACUCGACGAGACCACCACCGUAGCUCCUACUGAACCGGUAAUAGUUGUCGAUGAUACAUCAGAAACUGUGAGUGAGAAUGAUAUCCAGGCUGGUAUCAAGGAAGAAGUGAAAUCCUCAUCUGUUGGACUGAUGAUCUUCUCGUCACUGCUCGCUACCGGUGCUGCUCUGUUACUCAUCUAA